AUGCAAUGGCCUUCGCCAAUCCCGGGGGAGACGAUUCAGCUGCCGUGCGAAGUCGGUCAUCGAAGGCGACGACAUCCGAGGUGUGGUUAUGAGGUAACCCGGUUUCAUUACUCGCAGAGCCAUUUCGGCUUGGAGAGCCAGCACAGAACAUUGAUUCUCAAACCUACCUCACUCACUUUCCUCCCCUAUGCUCUCCAUUCCUCCGCUGUCACUCCUCCUCACCCUCUCCACCACACCCCUUUUCCCCCUCUCCUUACCUCGCAACCUACAGAGGCGUUUCCUGACGUACCACCACGCAAGCACAAGCACAAGCACCAGCACGAGCAGCAGCAGCAGCAGCAGGAGUCAACAGACGCUUCACAGCCAGAGAACACGAAAGCUGAUGCCAACUUGCAGAGAGCCGACUCAAAGACAACAGGGAAGCAGACAGCAGGGGAAUAUACAGCAGGGGAACAGGCAGCAGGGGAACAGGCAUCACCAAGCGGGGAAUUCUCCGCUCCUUCAGAGCUUUCUCUCCGCGCGCUCUCCGCGGGGGUGCCUGCGUGGGUGGCGGAGAGAGCAAGCGCCGUCUCCCCGGAGGUGGUGGCGAUCGCGAGUGUGUACUUCGUGCAGGGCGUGCUGGGGCUGGCCCGCCUUGCCGUCACUUUCCUUCUCAAAGACGACUUUGGGCUUGAUCCUGCUGAGGUGAGUGCAUGUCUGUGUGUGCGUGACUGUGUGCGCUCUGCUCUGCUGUGCUCGCGUGAGGACUCCCCGGAGGUGGUGGCGAUCGCGAGUGUGUACUUCGUGCAGGGCGUGCUGGGCUUGGCGCGCCUUGACGUCACUUUCUUGCUCAAGGACGACUUUGGGCUCGACCCGGCUGAGGUAGCGGUGUUAUCGGGCCUCUCCUCCCUCCCCUUGCUCAUCAAGCCCAUCAACGGCUUCAUAAGCGACGUGGCAGUCCUAUCAGGUCUCUCCUCGCUCCCCUGGCUCAUCAAGCCCAUCUAUGGCUUCAUCAGUGAUGGCAUCCCUCUCUUUGGCUACCGCCGGCGCUCCUACUUGGUGGCGUGUGGGCUGCUGGGGUCCCUUGCAUGGGGUGCACUGGCGACGGUGGUGGGGGAUAAGUACUCUGCUGUCGCAAUGAUCCUGCUCUCCUCGCUCUCUGCUGCUGUCUCUGAUGUGGUGAGUGGUGCUAUGCGGUGCGCUGUGGUGGUACCUGUGGUGUUAUCUGUGGUGGUAUGCGGUGCAGUUGCUGUAGUGGGGGAUAAUUACUCUGCUGUGGCCAUGAUCCUGCUCUCCUCGCUCUCUGCUGCUGUCUCUGAUGUGGUGAGUGGUGCUAUGCGGUGCGCUGUGGUGGUACCUGUGGUGUUAUCUGUGGUGGUAUGCGGUGCAGUUGCUGUAGUGGGGGAUAAUUACUCUGCUGUGGCCAUGAUCCUGCUCUCCUCGCUCUCUGCUGCAGUCUCUGACGUGGUGGUGGUGCCUAAAAAAAUCGCCUGUUCUUGUGUGUUUCACACCCCGCCAACCUCCCCUCUCUCCCCCGUCGCCCACUGUCCCCAGGUGGUGGACUCAAUGGUGGUGCAGAGGGCGAGGGGCGAGUCCCAGGCCACAUCUGGGGUAGUAGACUCAAUGGUGGUGCAGAGGGCGAGGGGCGAGUCCCAGGCCACAUCAGGCGGGCUGCAGUCGCUCUGCUGGGGGUCGUCAGCAGUGGGGGCUGUUCUCUCUGCGUAUUUCAGCGGCUCGCUGAUAGAGAACUACGGCACAAGGUUUGUGUUCGGAGUGACGGCCCUGCUGCCUCUCAUCACCACUGCUGUCGGAUUCUACGUCCCAGAGGAGAGGGUUACCGCAGGCACUAGGGUUACCACAGGCACUAGGGUUACCACCAACAAGGAUCGUACAGCCACUGGCACAGCAGUAGGAGGGACAGGGGGGGAGCUUACAAGAUUAGAAGAAAGCCGAGGAGACAGAGAAGGAGGCAGAGGAGGGGAAGGGGGAGCAGUGGGAGGAGUGGAAGGAGGAGGGGUUGGAGUGGUAGUAGCAGCAGGGGGCGGGGCGAGGGAGACGUGGGCGUGGGCGUGGGGUCAGGUGGUGUUUCUGUGGGAGACCAUUCGCCAGCCCGCCAUUCUGCUGCCCACCGCCUUCAUCUUCCUCUGGCAGGCCACUCCCCACUCUGAGACUGCCAUGUUCUUCUUCACCACCAACGAGCUGGGCUUUGGCCCUGAGUUCCUGGGCCGCGUCCGCCUCGUCACCGCCCUGGCCUCCCUGGCAGGGGUGGGCGUGUUCAACUUCUACCUCAAAGAGGUGCCUCUCAGGAAGCUCUUUUUCUGGACCAACAUUGCUGGAGCCCUUCUGGGCUCCACACAGCUACUCCUUGUCACCGGUCUCAACCGCUCUCUGGGAAUCAGCGACCAGUACUUUCUGCUGGGGGACUCUCUCAUACUCACCGUGCUGGGACAGAUUUCCUUCAUGCCAGUGCUGGUGCUAGCAGCUCGAGUCUGCCCCCCGGGCAUCGAAGCAACGCUCUUCGCAACACUCAUGUCUGUCAGCAACGGGGCGAGCGUCUUUGGGGGGGUGAUGGGCGCUGGGCUGACCAACUGGCUGGGAGUGACAAGCACCAACUUCACCAACCUGCCCACGCUCAUCGCCAUCUGCAACUUCUCCUCUCUGCUCGUGCUGCCGUUUCUCAACCUGCUGCCUGCUGGUGUCGGCGCUAACUCCGACUCUGAAGAAGAGUAG